AUGCAUUUCCUCGUCCUAGGAGCUUCUGGUGCUAUCGGCAGCCAAUUCUGUGAUCUCGCACUUAAAGAAGGCCACAAGCUCGUGCUCUUCGUCCGAAACGCCAGUAAAGUUCCUGAGCACAUCCGGCUUAGCGAAGCAACACAGAUCAUUCAAGGCUCGCUCGAGGUCGAUUCGGACCUUGACAAAGCCGCAAACUGUAAAGCAGAUAUUUUUGUUUCUUUUGCAGGGCCAGCAGUUGGAUCAAAAGGAACACCCUUGACAAACGGCUACAAGCUCCUUAUCCCGAAACUCGCUUCACAAAACAUAACCCGUGUUCUUAUACUGUGCACACCAUCUUUCAGAGAUGUGUCUGACAUUGAAACAUGGAAAUGGCGUAUUGGGGAAUGGACUAUGAAGUUCCUUAGUCCUGGCCAGUAUCAUGAGAUGGUUGGUGUUGGGAAGGCAAUUUCUUCAUCAUCGAAGAUGGAUGGCAGACAGUGGGGACUGUUUCGCGUGGGCGGGCUUACAAAUGGAGAAGAAGCACCAGUUAGUGCGACCUACUUGGGGAGUGGGAUGGAUAAAACAUGGAUUAGUAGAGCUAGCGUUGCGAGAUGGGUUUUGGAUGAGGCGACUGAGGGUAACUGGGUGGGUAGGGUGCCAUAUAUUUGUAACAAGUGA